ACAGCUGUGGAAAUGGACAAAGGUUUACGGCUAGAAUUGCGGCAGAAACUGUGGGUUCAAACGCAGGUUCAGUCCAAAGCCGCUAUGGUUCAGAACUUUGUGGUCAGGUCUGUUUUAUUUUUGUAUGCAGCGUCUGCCCUUUCCAGUUUUAUGAAGCUGCGUACCUUUCCAGCUCCCAGUUUGCUCAUCUGUUACCCAUCUCGUAGGGUAGAUUAAAAGGGUACUGCUGUUUGGCUGAGUGAUCAUCUCCGUCUUUCAGACAGGGCUUGGCCUCCACUUUCCUUUUUCCCAGGAGGCUGGACUGGUUAUCGCGUUUUAGGGAAGACCGCCCCCCCCCCCCACCUCCCACCAGGCCUGGGUGACAGCAUUGAGAUUCCCACUCACUCUCUAGUAAAGAGGCGCCCUGGCCCCAACUUUUCUUCCUUCCCCAGGUUCCCAAAUGGAGACAUUGACACCUCUGUCAUUGAGUUUGCCUAUGAAGUUUUAUUUCUCCCUUAAUUAUGGGAAAAUUUAUCACCUGAGUGAACAUUGACAUUAAGUCCUAAUUCUAAAGAUGGGGAAAUUGAAGGCUUUGAAUAUAGGCUUUCGGGGAUGGGGAGUGUUUGCCGGGGCGGGGAGCGGGGAGAGUGGUGGCUAAUAUUUACCAGAAUAAAUCAGAUGGAUUUGGCUGGAUGCGGACCUAGGUCUUGGGCAAUACUAGAGCUCUUGACUGAUGAAUAGAAAGUAGACAGGCCGGUUGGGGUGGUUUUGUCUUCGAAGGGCCAUAAAUUCCCACCGGAUCCUCUUAGGUCUUGUGCAAGGUCUGAAUCUGUCCUUCUGAGUAAUACAUUUAAAGAGUUCAGAUCCUUUCUUGGUGCCUUGCCUUAGGAGAAAAUAGGGCUGGUAACUGAAGGCAGUGACUCAGGGUAGGUGCCAUUAGCUCCAUUUCACGGAUGAAGAAACUGAGUCAACGGAAGUCUAAGUAACUUGACCUGUAUCACUCACCUGGUACGUGAUGGAUACUGGAUGCUAUGUUAGAUGCCGGAGACAAAGCAUUGGAAAGGGCAUGGCUCAUGGCCGAGUGGAGCUUAUCUUAUUUAACAUGAUGAAACAAUCACACAACCAUGAUGGGUACAGGCAGGUCCUUCUGGCAUUCCUGGGACGGGGCAUCCCAACCAGCCAAGCGUGCCCUACUCCGGUGAUUCCUUGACUCCUGGUUCGGCAUUCUCACGGGCCUCCUGUCUCCUGGGAAGAUGUUCCUGGUGGGCCUCACGGGAGGCAUUGCCUCGGGCAAGAGCUCUGUGAUCCAGGUGUUCCAGCAGCUGGGCUGUGCGGUGAUUGAUGUUGAUGUCAUCGCCCGCCAUGUGGUCCAGCCAGGAUACCCCGCCCACCGGCGCAUCGUGGAAGCCUUUGGCACCGAGGUCUUGCUGGAGAACGGUGACAUCAAUCGCAAAGUCCUGGGGGACCUGAUCUUUAACCAGCCCGACCGGCGGCAUCUGCUCAACACCAUCACGCACCCCGAGAUCCGCAAGGAAAUGAUGAAGGAGACCUUCAAGUAUUUCCUCCGAGGAUACCGCUAUGUGAUUCUGGACAUCCCCCUGCUGUUUGAGACCAAGAAGCUGCUCAAGUACAUGAAGCACACCGUGGUGGUGUACUGUGACCGGGACACGCAGCUGGCGCGGCUGAUGCAUCGGAAUAGCCUGAGCCGGGAGGACGCGGAGGCCCGGAUCGAGGCCCAGCUGCCCCUGAAGGAUAAGGUCCGCAUGGCCCGCCAUGUCCUAGACAACUCGGGGGAGUGGAGCGUCACCAAACGCCAGGUCGUCCUCCUGCACGCGGAGCUGGAGCGCUCCUUGGAGUACCUGCCGCUGAGGCUCGGAGUCCUGACAGGUCUCGUGGGCCUUGCCGGCCUCCUCUACCUGCUCACCCACUACCUCCUGCCUUCCCCCUAGCCAGGCCCUCCUGAUGCCGGAAGCCCCAAGCCUUGAUCUCUCAGAGUCCGGAGCAGGUGGCAAAUGCAUCUUGUUUCCUCCCAAGCCCGUCAACACACACACACACACACACACACACACACACACGCACUGAAUCUGGGCAGAGCCUGGCACAGGGCCCCCCUUCUUUGGAGUACAUCGGACCUGAGGCAGAGAAACAGCCCUGUCAGGGGAUACCCCUUCCCACCUUCCUAAGGGCCCCUCCCUCUGGAGCCCCCCACGGAAUGGUGUCUGCCAUGGGGCUUGAAAGCAAUGGUGGGAAGCUGUUGUGAAAUGCUUGGGGGUGCAGGCAAGGAACACUGUCUCUGUGGCCAUGAGCACCCCUCUCCAGGCACAUGCCCUGUCAUGACCAAAACCUGCGUCCUGGACCUGGGACAUAACUGUGGUCCAACAGGAUUCUCCCCUAGUGUGGAGCCCUUGGCCCGGAUGCAGUGAGGGCUCCUUUGCUGGUAAUGCUGUGGCAGAGCCUCUUGGGGGAUGACCCCCCCGGCCCACCUUGGCAUUUCUCCAGCGUUCCCCACACACGCUCCCCAGCUGCCUCCUGUUGGCCUCCCACGCCUUGUUCUCCUUGCGCUAAACUCUCAGUAGUCCACACGCACGAGGCUGUUUCCUGCCUCUGUGCCUUCGCUGUGCUGUGCCCUCACCUAGAAUACCUUUUGUUUUUCUAUAGCUGGAUAACUCCCAGCUCAAGCACCAUCUGGAGCCCCAGGCUGUGUCGGUUGCUGUGGGACAGCCCCCCCCCCCCAGCCGCCGUGUUUUACUUUAUUGGUCCCUCCUACUAGACUGUCAGCUGUUCGAGGGCCACGUCUGUGUCUUGUUCAUCUCCGUGCUUCUGGUACAGAUCCUGACUCGCCAUUGGUGCUUAAUAAAAUAGAGCGUGUUGAUCUGAAA